AUGGGGGAUGAUGAGCGCAAAGCCUGGAAAGCCAACACAGACACUGCCAGUUGUGUGAACCUCUGCCCCAGGGCUGUGGGAGGGCUGGGGCCCCCAAAACCUUACGGGGUGACCCUCAUUGGAGACAGAAGCUGUAGACCAGGCGGGAGGGGCCGGGCCUCUGACCCGCGCAGGCGCACAUGCGCACUCCACACAGGCUUCAUGGAUUCCCAGUGCAGCUGCGUGGUAGUGACCGGUUUUGGGCCCUUCCGGCAGCACCUGGUGAAUUCCAGCUGGGAAGCAGUGAAGGAACUCUCCAAGCUAGGCCUGGGGAGUGAUGUGGAGCUGAGGAUUCUUCAGCUACCAGUGGAUUACAGGGAAGUGAAGCAGAGGGUCACCAGAAUCUGGGAAGAUCUUCAACCGCAACUCACAGUGCACGUGGGUGUUGACCCCGCAGCUAAGGCAAUAUUUUUGGAGCAGCGAGGCAAGAACCCGGGCUACCGCGAUGCGGACAUCCGAGGCUUCCGGCCAGAGCGAGGCGUGUGCCUUCCAGAUGGCCCGGAAGUGAUUGUAUCCAGAGUCGACAUGAAGGCGGUCAGCAGGCGAGUGGAGGUGGAGGGCGUGGCGGUGGCUUUCUCCGGAGACGCGGGCAGGUACGUCUGCGAUUAUGCCUACUACCUGUCUUUGCAUCAUGGAAAUGGGUGCGCUGCGCUCAUCCACGUCCCUCGAUUAUCUCCUUGGCUACCGGCCAGCCUGCUGGGAAAAGCCCUGCAGGUCAUCAUCCAGGAAAUGCUGAAGGAGACUGAGAAAGCCAGGCUCAAGACCGGUGCACAGGAAACAGCCUUGGCGAGUCCAUUCAAGGGGAACCAACUGGGGGACUGCUCCUUUAGAGAAAAUUAAAUGUUUCAAUCCUGUGUGUAGAGUUCAA